UUUUUUUUAAAAAAAAAUAAGAAAUAAAUAUGAGUAAAAAAGCAAGUAUAGCGAACUUAUUAAAUGAUAAUAAUCACAUAUCAUCUAUAUCAUCUGAACCUCAAAAUUUGACAAACGCGACAAGUUUAAAUAAAAAACCAUCAUCAUCAUCAUCAUCAUCGUCGUCGUCUUUGUCAUCACAUCAACAACAUCAACAACAUCAACAACAACAUCAUCAACAUCAUCAACAUCAUCAUCAACACCAUCAAUACCAACAACAUCAUCAACAACAUUAUCAACCACAUCAUUAUCAUCAUCCUAACAAUACCACUACAUCCGCCCCUAUUCCUACCAGAUUAAAUUAUUCACCUCGUUCACCUGAUACAAGAAUCGGUGUACAAAUUGUUGCAAAUGGUGAUCUAACAUUCAACCAACCUUUUGCUCAUCAAUUUUCCGAAUUUUCCGGUAAUUGGAUAUCACCUCUACAUCCUCUUUAUACAUACGAUCCUCUACCUGAAGCAUUAAGAAAAUCUAAAAAAAAAUCUCAUAAAAGAACCAAUGAUAUAAUUGAUACUCCUCCUCCCCCUUUAUCGGAAAAUCUUUCAGAAAAUAAUACUACUACUACAAUACGUCCUAAACGUAAUUAUACAAAAAAACCUCUUGAUAGGUUAAAAAGACCAAGAAAUGGUUAUAUGAUAUAUAUGAAUGAAGUUUAUGAUGAUGUUAAACGUAAACAUCCUAAUUUAAAAUUCGGUGAAUUAAGUUCUUUAAUUGGUGUUCAAUGGAAAGAGAUGUCCAAAGCUCAACAAAUGCCUUAUCAUCAAAAACAUGAAGAAGAAAAAGCCGCUUAUGAAGCAGCAAAAUUAGCCAUGUCGAGAACAAAUUUACAAAUUGUUGAAGAAACGAUUGAUAUUGAACAACAAGUUAAGGCUGCUGAAUUAAGAGCUUCACAACCAAAAAAUAAAUCAAAUAAACGUUCAGAUCAUUCAAACGUAGGAAAACAAAAAUCUAGUACUCAACAACAGAAUAAUAAUAAUAAUAAUAAUAAUAAUAAUAAUAAUAAUCAAGCUUCUAAAUCUAAAGAAAAUCCUUUUGUUAUUCCAAACGUAGAACCACCUGAAACUAUUUCAACUUAUAUAGUUACAGAUAGAUCAAAAACUAAUAAAUUAAGACAUGGUAUUCCAAUCACACCAACUUCACCGGAUUUUAGCGAUAUAACAAAAAAACUUGCAACUCCUACUCAACCAAUAGCAAGUUUAACAAGGCGAAGGACUUCUUUUAAUCAAUCUUCACGUGAAUCUAAAAGAGAUGAAUAUUUUAAAAAACAUUUUCCAGAAACCGAUAAAUUAAUUGGAGAUGAUAAAAUUGUUGAAGGAAAUAAGGAUUCAUGUACUGGCGGUCUUCAACAAUCUGAUGAGAAAAUUAUAUCAAUGUCUAUUUCUUCCCCUGAUGAGAACAUGUCAGAUUAUGAGGAUGAUGAGGAAGAAGUAGAUCAAUUACAACCAAGUGAUCGAUCUGAUUCUGAAAUGGAAGGAGUUGAAGUUUUCAGUAAAUCUUUAUCAAAUAGUAAUCAUAUUAAUAAUAUUAUUAGUAAAUCAUCUACGGAAACAUCAAGUCGAAAAAAUGGAAAUGGUGAUUUAAUGUCAAUUGAUACGUCAAAUAUUUGGCUUUUACCAAUUGAAGGUACAACAGUUUCACCUGGAUUAACUCCUCACAGGAAACGAAAAAUUAUUAUAAUAGAAGAUUCAGAUGAUGAUAAGUUUAACUCUAAGAUAUUAGAUAUAGAUAAUUCAAAAAAGUGCAAGAAUAAUAUUUGAAUUUUUUGGAUUCUUAUGUAAUAUAUUAGAGAGUUAUAAAGAUAAAGAUAAAGAUAAAGAUAAAGUUAUAUAAAAAAAUUGACAUUUUUUUUUCUGUAAAAUAACUUUUUUUUUAUUCUUA